CUGGCAACUUACGGCACGCGCUUGAUACCGCCGCUGCGAAGAAAGACAGGCCGCUGGCAGCUCUUCUUUCGUUUAUCUCGGGAACGACGUCCGGGGACUCAGUCAGCAGAAGAAACAAUCAUCAUGAGCGACCAAGCCCACACGGCCUCGGUCGAAGCCGCCAACGCCGCAAGGCUGCCGCUUGGCUACCGGGACUCAUGCAGCGCGCUACUCAUUCCUCUGAACAAGUGCCGCAAGCAAACGCUAUACGCUCCUUGGAAAUGUGAAGAUGAAAGGCACACAUACGAAAAAUGCCAAUAUGAUGACUUCAUCCGGCGACAAAGGGAGCUGAGCAGGCGCGAAAUGGAGAAGAGGAAGGAGGCAGCUGCAUGAGAUACUGCAGUCCGUACAUGAAGUAGGGGAAUGGAGCCGACAUGUAUAGAGAUAAAGUCGCAAACGUCGCAGUGACAGCCGG